GUAGAGCUGCCGCCGCCGCUGCCGCCGCCGCCGCUGCCGCCGCCGCUGCUGCAGCCCGAGCAUCCGGGAGCAGCCGCCGCCGCCGCUGUCGCCUCUAGCGCCGAUUCCACCGCUGCCACCUCCCCUCCCAGGACCCCGAGACACCUCAAGCGCGAGCGGCGGCUGCUGCUUGCUUGCUCCCCUUCUUCCCCGCCUUUCCCUUGCGUGACCUACCCACUCCUUACAGCCCUCGUCUGCACCUUCUCCGACACCCCGGCAUCCCUGCACCACCUGCUCGGACAGCCCCGGGUGAGCGCCGGGAGGAAGGCAAGCUCCGAACCCGUGCUUGGCAGAAGGACUGUCGCGGCUGCACCACCAGCAAGAGGAGGAGGAAAAGAAACUAUUUUGCCCAGCGAAACCUCAUUCUGCGGGUGCUUCGCCGUUGCCGCUUCUGCUGCUGCCAUCUGAUCCGCGUCCGCAGGUUCGAACACCGCAGCGGCGAGGACCCUGGGUCCGGUGGGCUCCGCGAAGGAGACACCGGCGGAGCCCCGCACUCUGGUGCCCUGCUCACCAGCAUCUCUUUGCCCCUCUCGUUCAUUCUCAACCCUUUAGAAAAGGGACCAUGAUUUGGAAACGCAGUGCCGUUCUCCGCUUCUACAGUGUCUGCGGGCUCCUGCUACAAGCGGCUGCUUCAAAGAAUAAAGUUAAAGGCAGCCAAGGGCAGUUUCCACUCACACAGAAUGUAACGGUUGUUGAAGGCGGAACUGCAAUUUUGACCUGCAGGGUUGAUCAAAAUGAUAACACCUCCCUCCAGUGGUCAAAUCCAGCUCAACAGACUCUGUACUUUGAUGACAAGAAAGCCUUAAGAGACAAUAGAAUCGAGCUGGUUCGGGCUUCCUGGCAUGAACUGAGUAUCAGCGUCAGUGAUGUCUCUCUGUCUGAUGAAGGACAGUACACCUGUUCUUUAUUUACAAUGCCUGUCAAAACUUCCAAGGCCUAUCUCACUGUCCUGGGUGUUCCUGAGAAACCUCAAAUUAGUGGAUUUUCAUCCCCAGUUAUGGAGGGAGACUUGAUGCAGCUGACUUGUAAAACAUCUGGUAGUAAACCUGCAGCUGAUAUAAGAUGGUUCAAAAACGACAAAGAGAUUAAAGAUGUAAAAUAUUUAAAGGAAGAGGAUGCAAAUCGCAAGACGUUCACAGUCAGCAGCACACUGGAUUUCCGAGUGGACAGAAGUGAUGAUGGCGUGGCAGUCAUCUGCAGAGUAGACCAUGAAUCUCUCAAUGCCACCCCUCAGGUGGCCAUGCAGGUGCUAGAAAUACACUAUACACCAUCAGUUAAGAUUAUACCAUCCACUCCUUUUCCACAAGAAGGACAGCCUUUAAUUUUGACUUGUGAAUCCAAAGGAAAACCACUGCCAGAACCUGUUUUGUGGACAAAGGAUGGUGGAGAAUUACCAGAUCCUGACCGAAUGGUUGUGAGUGGUAGGGAGCUAAACAUUCUUUUCCUCAACAAAACGGAUAAUGGUACAUACCGAUGUGAAGCCACAAAUACAAUUGGCCAAAGCAGUGCAGAGUACGUUCUCAUUGUACAUGAUGUUCCCAACACUUUGCUUCCCACUACUAUCAUCCCCUCCCUUACCUCUGCAACAGUCACAACCACUGUAGCCAUAACAACCUGCCCAACCACAUCUGCAACAACCAGCAACAUGAGAGAUCCCAAUGCUCUGGCUGGCCAGACUGGCCCUGAUCAUGCUCUAAUAGGAGGAAUUGUGGCUGUAGUUGUAUUUGUCACUCUAUGUUCUAUAUUUUUGCUUGGACGAUAUCUGGCAAGACAUAAAGGAACAUAUUUAACAAAUGAAGCUAAAGGAGCGGAAGAUGCCCCAGAUGCUGACACAGCCAUUAUCAAUGCUGAGGGCAGCCAAGUCAAUGCUGAAGAAAAAAAAGAAUAUUUCAUUUAAAAUGCAGGCCAAGAUUCUGAAUUUUAUGUACCAGGCUGGCUGCUGGAGAAAACUGGCUAUCAUCUUUCAGAAUUCAUUUCUACAUCUUCUGCUACCUUUAUUAACUUCCAUAUCGUACUGCUAUCUGUAGCCAGUGUAUGCCAACAAUCAGCUGUCGAAAGCAUCAUUCUUUAAUUACUGUACCAUCCAUAAUGCAGGACAUUUAUUACUGCCUAAAUUCCACACCAUUGCUCUUUUAACAUACAGUGCUUGAAUAUACAGCCUUAACAAUGUUAAUCAUCUCCUUGGAUCAUGAUAUUGAAUUGUUUUUGUAUACUGAAAAAAAAAAAGUAUGCAGAGCUUCCCCCACCCCCUCAUUUUUGGCUCCCUUUAAAUCAAAGAUCUUGUAAACCUACCACUGGACAGCUUUCACAAGGAACAGGAUUAGGUAAAGACGUAACAUGCUUAAGUUCAAUUCAGAUGUGAGAGGUUUAUGAUGUUUUCUACAUGUCUAUCUUCAAAGACAUGUUUUGGAAGCAUAUGCCCUAAAAAACACAAACUGAAAUAAACUACUGUAGAAUAGAUUCUGGAAUAUUUGAGAUUAUACUGAUAAAGCUGUAUCAAUUUGCUAUUUAAAAAUAUAGUAUUUGAUACAGGAGCCAUGAAUAUGGAUUACAGUCAUGACAUGCUGUCUUAUAUAAUUAUAUAGAUCCUACCAUUAGCUUAUUUUAGCUUCAUCUACCAAUAAAUUGUUACAAAUAUUUUACGAUUUUGGGAAUCACAAAGACUUCAUUCAUUUCUCUAAUUUGAUUCUGUAAUUUAUUUGCUCCAUAAAGACUCACCUGCCUAAACAAAAUUGAAAUAUCCAUAGGGCACAAUUUUGAAACAUUUUAGUAUCUGUAUAUAGUGCAUAUAAUAAAUCCAAUUAAACAUUAUUUGAUACAUAUUUAACUUUUUUGGCUGUAGGUAAUCAGUCAUGAGUAAGCAUUUUCUAAUGUCCAUUAUAUCCCUUUAGAUAUUACUUAAACCAAUAUUAUAAGUAGAUAACAUGUAUUAGUAUUUUUGUCUGUAUGUCCUAGCACUGUUCACCAACAAAUUUUUCUAGUUCUUGUUAAUUUUUGUUAUACAAUGGAAGCACAAUGUUAUAAGGAAAGGUAAUUUUAAGCUAACAACCAGUGCACAGCCUCAGGUUUUAAAUUACAACCACAGUUGAAUAAUAAUCUAAAAUAAACUCUUAGUUUGCUAAAAAUUUACAAAUUUUAAUUUGGCAGUUCCAGAGCUGCUUACCUAUGUUGGUUUGCCAAAAAGAAGUGUUUGAGAUAUGUUUUCUGUAUAAAUGAACUAAUUCUUUAUAUUAAAUUCCUGUCUAUGCAUUUUGUGAGGUAUAAACAUAUGAAACAGUGAGUGAUAGAGAAUUCCUGCCAUAAUUUUAACUCCAAGGUGAAAGUCUCUUUCUCUGGAUUAUUUCUGAAAUUUUGAUGUAUUUAACCAUUAAGAAAUGCUGUAUUCUUAAAUAUGACACAGAGUCAAUCUGAAGUCAUAUUAUUUCUCCUAGUAAAAGACAAUAAUGCUAGAUUAGUUGUCAUUAGAUUUAUUGAUACUCUAUGCUAAAGAUUAAAAAUCCAGUUAGAUAAAAAUUAUUUUCCCAUUGACAAGAAUUGCACCUUUAGGAAGAAAAAGAAUAUGACAAUAUGGUAGCUAUACUUGUGAUGUCUGAAAGCAUGAUGGCCUAUGGUUUUAAGAAUAAUAUCUUGGAAUUUAUUUUUGGGAAAUGAGAAUGGUUGAGUAUGACAUCAUGUAUUAAUAUCAAAUGAAAGACAAGGGUGCUGUAUCUUAGAUUAUUUAUCAGAAAAGUAUAAAUCUUUUAAGGACAACGUUAGACUUUUAAUUUUUUUGAUUGUUGAAGCAUUUAUCUUGUUGAUUUCUUACAAAAGAAAAAGGACGAUGUCAGUCAAGCAGCACUUUUUCAGAAUAUACAGAACAUAAAUAAUAUGAUGUGGUUGAGUGUUAACAUAAUAAAUCAUAUACAGUAUGACAAUUUUAAGGAAAUAAGUCUGCAUUGAUGUGAUUGCAUGCUUGUUUUUACAGUUCACUCCAUACCAUCUGUGGAAAAAAUGCAAUAAUAUGUUAAUAUAGUAUGGUAGUUUGAGAGAAUCAGGUAGGUGCUACUAGACACAUUGAAACUAGAAUAGGUUUAUAAACUGUUCAUAUCUUUCAAUGCAUAAUCUUUAGAAAGACUCCACAAAGCAAAAUUCAUUCUGUUAGUACAAAAUGGAAAGGUUCUUAUUACAGAAGUAAGUUGUAUAAACUGCAUCAUCAAUUACUAUUUAAAGCCUAAUUUCAGGAUGCAUUUACAAAAUUGCUACUCUCCAUUGAUGCUGUAUUUACAUCCCUCUUCAUUUCAUCUGUAUUCUACUUGGCUCCAACUGCUAAACUGUUGCCUAAAUAACUCAAUCAUUAUUUAUAGCACUAUAAAAUUAGAAAUCCAAAAUUGGUUACAAUUCAAGACUUUUGACUCUUUUAACCCUUGACAGUAAUAUAAAAACUCAUUGGAAGCCUGUAAAAGAAACUAACUGGUGUAUUAUGAUUUGUGAGCUCUAAUCAAAUAUUUUGACAGCUAAAAUAGAUAUGAAUUAGAUAUCAUUUCAGUUACUGAAAGUAAAUAGCAAUGGAGUUAUAUUUUCCUAUCUUAAAAAAAAUUAUUUGAUUUCCACCAAUGAAAGAAAUUGUAAAAAUUCUGUUCAUUUCUAUAAAAAUCAGAAAAAAUGAAAUAAAUAUAUAAACGAACCAUUUCAAUUGCCAUGACUGAAAUGUGCACAUUUUAUGCCCAGAGAGCCAAAUUCGGUCAUUGCUUAGGGAGCACCAUAGCCACAGAACAUAAUGAAAGGAGUGCGCACAGACACACCCCCCAGUAGAAUAUGGAACAUUAUUCUUUACCCAAAGUAACUCUUCUCUGCCAGCGUACUGUUUACAGUGUAAAUUGUCCUCCAUCAAAAAAGUGUAAACAGCAUUCUUUUUUUUUUUUUUUUGGUUUCCAUAUUUGAAUGUCCUAGAUAAAACAAUUAUCAAAAUUAGGGAGAAAAGGAAAGUUUGUGAGUGAAAGAGCAAAGACAGAGAGCAUGAACAUAGUCGUGUGUUUGUGUGUGUGUGUGUGUGUGUAUGUGUGCAUGAGAGACAGAAAGAGAUUUCAACUUGUUUUCUUUUACCAGAGAAUCCAAGAAGCAGUUUAAGGAACCUGAUAUUGAAGUUUAAUCUAGACACUGGAUGAUAUCAUGUUGAUUCAAGAUGUUUAAUCUUGCAUUGAAACCCCACAAUUAAAGACACAAAUAGAGAAAGAAAACUAACUUUCCUAAAUAUGGCAAAGAAGCUAACACCUCAUUUAUUUUUAUUUCUUUGUAAAAAUAUAAAUAUCUCAAUUAAAAGGACAGGCUCACUUGUAAUUACGCACUCAUGAUUGUAAUGGCAUUGAGAUUCCAUACAGGCCCAUGUACAGUAGCUGUUGGAUGGUGAUGGUUCUUCCAUGUAACAUAGCAGUUAUCGUGUAAUUUAGUGCCACUUAUUGCAAAGUGUUACCAAGGGGAACAUCUAAAAGACCUUUUUGGAUAUAAGGAUAAUUGAAUUAUAAGUAUGAAAUUUCAUGUUCCUUUUUUUAAAUGUGGAGAAACUGCAGAACCUCAUGUCUUACUGCAAAGUCCCCAUCACAUGGCUAAUGACUUAGCGCCCUCUAAAAAUGCCCCCUGUAAUCCCCCUUUGCACAUGGUGGUCUGUGAUGAACAUGCAAAACAAAGCAAACAGAACACAACUGGCAACUUCAGAAGAAGGAAAUAAAACACCUAAUGAGAAUUACGGAGUAAUGCUUUUUAUUAAGUGGCACAAAAGACACACAAAAACUAUGCAAAUAUAGGUAACUACCGUGUACGUACAUGUAAGUAUCUUGUACUUGCUGUGUAUGGAUGUUGGAAACCCAUGUAAUUAUAAUAUGCAUUUUGAAUAUUGGGAAAGAGGAAAUCUUAGUGUAGAUAAUAGAACUUGUUUUGAAAUAUACGCUGGCAAUAUUGAAAUACACUCAGUGCAAUAUCUGUAAUUCUAUUGCUGGAUACUUCAUGCAAAGGGAUUUUAAAGAACUCUUCAACAAGAUCUAAGAGGUUGCUAAUCUUCACUUCCCACAUAUUAAACCAUUAGUUAAAAAUACAAUGGACAUAACACCACGUUAAGCUUUUCUUGCUUAAUCAUUAACAUUACACAAUACAAUUAUCUGGCCUAGUUUUUAGUGUUACUGGAGAGAAAGACAUAACCUGAGUUUUCAACUUCGAUUCAGAGCUAAUUGAAUUUGGAGUUCUUAUACUUUCUUUGAAGUGUAUGUAUGUUUUAAUGGGUUGUGGGACUUUUAUUACAAGUACAAAUCUACUCAAAAAAACAUACGUUACCUUUAAUAGUUAGAGUCACUAUAGCUUAAUGGAAAUUUCUUAUGAUAAUUUUAUUUUUCAAUUCAUUUUUCUCUUUCUCUCUCUAUUUCAAUCCAAACAUGCCCUUUGCACUUCACUUAUACCCUUCCAAAGGCAAUGGAUUGAAGGUAGCAAGAUUAUAAAGAGAGCUAAAGGGGACAACAUGUAAAAAUGGGUUCUAAACUCAUCAGCAUUUUUAUGUAUUGAGAUUAUUAAUAUUGAAUGCAAUAGUUAUUGGAUAGAGCUGGUAAGUUCUCUGCCAUGCAUACUUACAAUAAUCCUUCUACCUCUCACUUUUAACAUGGGCUAUGAUACUUCGAUAUAAAUAGAAGAAAUAAUUACAAGAUAUCCCAGGAAGCACUCUUUUGGGACUAUCCUAACAGUCCACUCCCCACCCCCUGGGACAUCUCAAAAGCCAACUUUACUUUUAGUGUAACUCAGUGGUGUAUGGAUCUGCAUUUGUUUUCCUUUUUCUGUCAUUAACUUUUCCUAUAAGCAAACUAUAAUAACUUUAAAAGGAUAGUUCCUCUCACUCUUAUUUACUAUUUCAAUGUGAUAUAAUUGUGCUGAUUAAAAAAAUCAAAUGGCAACACUUUGCAAUCCAACCUGACAUUUCAUUUACUGUUUAGAAUGAAACAAUUUCUUAUAAAUUAAUACUAUGCUUUUAAGUAAAUAUCAUAUAUGUAAUUUUAUUUGCCCAAGAAGUGUUAUUCUGUAAGAUAAAUAUUUAAGUAUUUAAAACUGCCUCCUUAUUAACAAAUAAUCCCAGAAUGAGUGCAAAGUAUUGCCACAAAUACCCACUUUAUUUUGCCUGCAUAGAAACAAUAUGAAUUCUUCAAAUCAUAUAAUUUAAUUGUUCUAAAAGGAAAUGGCAUUUUAAAAGCAGAUUUUUCUUUAGGAAAAAAAUGAUACAAAAAUGAUCUCAAAGUAUGAUGCUUAAAGUAAGAUUUUUCUAUGUUAUGUGGUUAUGUUAUAAAUAAUAUUUGCUGUAUUUUCUACCAUCAUAUAUAUAUAUGUACAUACAUAUAUAUAUAUAUGUUUCACAAGAAAUGUAUGGUUAUUUUGGAGAGAAUGGGCCCAAAUGUGAAAACGAUGUAAAGCAAAACCACUAUUUUCCCCUAUGAAUAUACUGUAUAUUUCAAAAGAAGAAACUUAAAAGAUAUUUGAAGAUUGCAGGGGCAAAAGAAAAACCUACCAGGGCUCAGCACUUAAGCACUUUUCCCACAUCCAGGGUCGGAACAACAGUGAUUCCUACAUGAACUUUUAAGUGAGGUAUGAAAUGCCACAUUACACUUCUCUUCCACACAGUACUGUCAAACCUCAAAUGUUUUCUUUCUUCAGAUACUUUUCCUUGUACAUGAAACUAGGAGACACUUUCUCUUUAUAUUUGCUGAUAGUGAAAGUUAUAUGCAAUAAAAUAUUUGAUGGUUGAAAGUAGUGUUCACCAGUUGGUUAAAAAAACUAUGAAAUGUAAACUGAAUUGUUAUCUCUUUAUCCUUUUUGCUUUUCUCUGUGUUUCUAAUGUAUGGAAUGAGUCUCAUAAAUAGAAAAAUAAGUUAGAAAAUUUUCAAAACUAGUACUCUUUCUCCUAACAAGUGUAUAAAACUAAUCUCUUUAUGAAUUUAUUUAACUGUACCUGCUGUAUUUGUUGUAGAUUCAAUGAUGGAGUUAACUAGUAACCCAAGGGUUUAUGAGUUCGGGAUUACUGACAUGUUUAUUUUCAUAUUCUGUUCACAUCAAUAUUUGUGAAUUGUUUGUUUAGCUUUUCAUUCAACCAAAAAAUAUUCCCUCAACAAAGCUCCAUUUUUAUCAUAAAUAUUUCAACAUAACUAACAUCAGAACAAGUCUGCCAUGUUAAAAAGAAUUUAAAGACUUAUCUCUGAAAAUGGUACCCAGAAACGCGGGUGUUCCCGGUAACGUAGCUUCCAAAAAUAAAAUGUUCUACUUAUGUGACAUGAAAUUCAUAGCUUUUGGAAGGGUAUAUUUAUGACAGCAUAAAAAUAAAUUCUGUGCUGUAAAGAAGAUGCACUGAAAUAAAACAUAUUGCACAGAAGAUAGAGAAACACAAUUAUUGAAUCUACUGUUAUCAUUAACAUUUUCAAAAACCAAAAUGCAUAUUGUAAUAUUAGGUACAUGACACUUGCAUGUUGAUAUGCCUAUAUACUUACAAGUAUUCAAUGUGUACUCAGUGGCGCUUAAAAUAUGUCAUGUACUACUCUUAUAAACAUUCUUACAGGGUUCCCAUUUGCACCUCAUCUUUCAGUAAAGUCUUGUCAGAAAAAAACUGUCUGAUACAUAUGGAAAAAUAAAAUUUGAAUUUUAGUUAUCUGUUGGACAUUACUGAAUUGUCUAUUCAUUUAGUUCAUUUUCUUAGGCUUGUUAACAGAAAGGUGGAAAUUUCUUUUCUCCCACUGACAGAUUAUAAAAUAUACCACAAAGCAUAUUCUUUUAUGCCACGACAUUAUUUUGCAUACCUUUUUUCAACUGCAUACAUUAUCCAUUCAUUUUAUACUUCCUCAGUGAUGCCCAUUUUCUUUGUAAGUUCCUAAAUGGAAGUUUUAAAAAGUUAAGCAGUAGUAAAAUAAAUGUUAUAUUAUUUGUACAACAUAUAAUUGUUACUCUUUGGAAUGUGUGAACCUUGUAACAUGCUGACUAAGGGUUAAAAAAAUGUUGCCGACUUAAGGAAAUUUGCUUGAGAUUGCCAAAAUUCCAAAAUCCUGUAAAGAUAAUUUUACAAUCACUUCCAUGUGUUUACUAAUGUUGACUAGGAACAGAAGCAAAAAUACUUACAUCCUUUUAAUUUUCACACUCUAACCAGUAUUAUAUAUUUCAACUACCUAAGAUAAUGCAAUUAAUAGCAUAUUCAUCCUAAGCUUAUGCCAAUAAGAAUUUGAGAUAAGCUUUUAAAUUUAUGGAGGAUUUUCUUUGUGUCUUUGGAAGUUCACUUACCAUAAGGUAUUUUAUAAUCUACUUUAAAUAACAGAUUUUGUUAUACAGGGUAAGCCAAAGGCUGUACAAGAAUUAGUGUCUGGGUCUGAUAUUUGUGUUAGACCAUGAAAUAUUCCAUUAAAAUGUAUCUGUAAAUACAAGGCAA